GGGCGGGACGGUGGCCGAGAGGGCACCAGAGGAGGACGGUGGCUCGAAAGGUCCGGCAUGGAGCACCUAGAGCGCUGCGAGUGGUUCCUCCGGUGGACUUUGGUGCGGGCGGCCGUGCGACGCUACCUGCCGUGGGCGCUGGUGAGCUCCAUGCUGGCGGGCUCAUUCCUCAAGGAGUUCUCUCCGCUGCCUGAGAGCUACCUCAGCAACAAGCGCAACGUCCUGAACGUGUAUUUUGUCAAAGUGGCCUGGGCCUGGACGUUCUGUCUCCUCCUGCCUUUCAUUGCCCUCACGAACUACUACCUGACAGGCAAGGCCAGCCUGGUCCUGCGGCGGUUGAGCACCCUGCUUGUGGGCACAGCCAUCUGGUACAUCUGCACAGCCCUCUUCUCCAACAUCGAGCACUACACUGGCAAUUGCUACCACUCGCCGGCCCUGGAGGGGCUCAGGAAGGAAUGCCAGAGCAAGCAGCACUGCCACAGGGAGGGGGGCUUCUGGCACGGCUUUGACAUCUCAGGUCACUCCUUCCUGCUGACCUUCUGUGCCCUCAUGAUUGUGGAAGAGAUGGCCGUGCUACACGAGGUGAAGACGGACCGGAGCCACUGCCUCCACACCGCCAUCACCACCCUGGUGGUCGCCCUGGGCUUCCUGACCUUCAUUUGGGUGUGGAUGUUUCUGUGCACAGCCGUUUAUUUCCAUGACGUGUCCCAGAAGGUGUUCGGCACCUUGUUUGGUUUGCUGGGCUGGUACGGGACGUACAGGUUUUGGUAUCAGAAAUCCUUUUCCCCGGGACUUCCUCCCCAGAGCUCUUCUUUGAAUUUGAAGCAAGACAGUUAUAAGAAGUAAGAGACGCAAAAGAGAGGACAGCAGGACAAUGGCUAAUGGACCUUCCACUUAAUUUAUUUAGUUCUUGGUAGAAUUAUUGAUUCUACUUCAGAAAGGAAGCUUACAGGACAGUUUUGGGGAGUGGUGGUGGAGUCCAGGGUACAAGUUUAGCCCAUAGGCUUUUCUUGGUACAUCACCUGUGUCACCACUCCCACCAGACAGUUUUUGUCCCUGGUAAGACUUAAUCUUUAUCUGGAAUACCCCUUUGGUCCCUUGAGGGGAAAGCUAAAGCUCAGUGAAAGGACAGAAUCAGAAAGGCCUCUGUGACAUGACUUAUGGGGAGGCCAGCGCCUUAUAACUCUUCUGUUGCCAUCUUCAUGAUUCUAGUUGUCUUUUGAUUUUAGUGGCUGUUAAUGUUGGUGUUCUUGUUUUGUGGAUUUUUUUUUUUUUUUAAUUUCUUAGGGAAGGGUCUACAGGGUGUUCAGGGUCUCACUAC